AGGCGCGUAAGAAAACCCCGCCAAACUCGUUCCACGUGGGUGAUUCAGUGAACGAGUGUAACGUAAUAACUGGUGUUCAGUCAUGGCACAGCUGGCAAAGAAGUUGGUGUCUGAAUAUGAAGCUCUACGCAACAAGAAUUUGGCCGACAACCAGGCUGUGUUGGCUAAAUUGAUGGAAGAUUUAAAGAAAAGCUUUCCGCAAAAACCUCCACCAAGGAAACCACGUACCUCGAGGAAGAGCAUCAGUGAAGGUCCCAUUAGACGGAACCCGUCUCGCCAUGCCAGGAGUACUUUCAGUCUGGACCCUCCCCGCACUCGAGCACGCAGGGGGUCAGUGUCAUCAACAGUGUCUUCUGCAUCCUCUUCAACAUCACCUUCAUCGUCGCCAGAGAAAAUGGUUGUGAGGUUUGGCUUUUUCCGCAAAGCAGAUCGUCUGGAUGGCGACAGUGAUGAGGUGGAUUCCAAUAUGGACGAGGAUGAGCUCCCGGCUCCUGUGAGGAGGCCUCGAAUUGUUGUCGAGGAGAAAGCAGCAGAAGACAUCACUGAUGAAGACCUUGACCUUGUAGCCAAUUUCGUCAGUGAUAAGAAGUAUGAUAGUUACUAUGGUUCGUCGUGUCACCAGUGUAGACAGAAGACGCAGGACAUGAAGACAGUGUGCAGGUCUGGCAAGUGUUUCGGAGUCCGAGGACAGUUUUGUGGCCCUUGUCUCAGGAAUAGAUAUGGGGAAGAUGCUAAAGAAGCGUUAAAAAAACCCUGUAAUUGGAUGUGUCCCCCGUGCAGAGGUAUCUGCAACUGUAGUUUUUGUCGAAAGAAGGCUGGCAAGUCCUGCACUGGGAUCCUCAUCCAUCUAGCCAGGGAGAAUGGUUUCAGUGAUGUCAACGCUUAUUUACAAAGUUUCAGGAAGUAACACUCAACUCACAAGAAGGCAAGGUGGUAAAGAGGCAGCUACGAUGGUUUCUGCAUCUGAAAAGGCAGCUGCGAUGGUUUCUACAUCUGAAAAGGCAGCUGCGAUGGUUUCUACAUCUGAAAAGGCAGCUGCGAUAGUUUUUACAUCUGAAAAGGCAGCUACAAUCGAUUUCUGCAUAUGAAAACGCAGCUUCGAUGAUUUCUGCAUCUGAAGACGCAGCUUCGAUGGUUUCUGCAUCUGAAGACGCAGCUUCAAUGGUUUCUGCAUCUGAAGACGCAG